GCCUGUUGAUGUGCCCCAUUAUACGGGCAUUUUCUCUUUGCUCCAUAGAGUACCAUUAAUUUUUGUCAGACAUGUAACCAAGGGUUCUCCGCCUUCUUUGAAGAUAUAAACCAUCCGGUCCGGUGCAUUCUCACAUUUCAACACGGAUAUUUUGCAGAUAUUAGACAAUGAAUAGACGAAAUCAUAAGAUUUAUGUUGUGACGAUACUUACCCUUCUUUUGUUUACGACAUCCAUGUGGGCUGCGGGCUUUCACUUCAUCGUCAGUCAGUACAUUUUCUACAGAUACUUGGAUGAUGCCGGUCUACCAUAUCCGCCUGUGACUACCGUUUCAUCGCGAGCGAUGGCAAAUGUAUCUGCUGAACAAGACCGUAGCAAAGAAGCAGAGGCACAAGCAAAAGCAGCUCGUCUCUUAUCGACAUCUGUUUGGGUCUCCUUGGCUUUGGGCAUAUUCCCUUCUGUCAUCGUUGGACGCCUAUCUGAUCAGCGCGGACGUCGAUUGGCCCUGGGAUUGACGCUACUCGGACAGAGCAUGUGUAGCUGUAUGUUUGCACUUAUAAUCUUUCUGCGUUUGCCCGUGUCACUGACAAUCUUAGGAUCCUGUUUUUCUGGGCUGUUGGGGGGUGGAGCGAUCUGUUUCAUCAUGCAAGUUAAUGUAUGCUUGACAGAUGUGACAAGUACUUCGAUCGACACAAAGGUUAAUUUAUCGCCGGAUGAAAUAGCUAAAAGAACAAGACAAGAACGACGUCGUUUGGUUAUUCUGGGCGCGUUUGACGGUACGAUGGCUUUAGGGAUGGCUGCAGCUAACGGUUUUAUCGGUUCGGUUGUGGAACGUUACGGUUUUAUUGAAUCGCAGCUGUGCAUGUUAGGCGUAUUUUGCUUCUCUGUAAUUUUCAUUUGGAUACUUCCCGAGACAGGAAAACCUCUCGUCAUUCCACUCUCGAACGACGCUACACUUGUCCCCUCCAAUGCACCCGUAAAUGGUCGGUCGAACAUUUGUCCCACACCUAGCGAUUUGCUUGCCAAGUUCAAAUCACUGUUGAGAAGUAUAACAUCGGUUUGUACAGUGUACGGAGAGCUCUCCAAAAGCUUCCGCACACAAAGCGGUGUCCGUCAGGGAUGCCCACUCUCUCCAUUCCUUUUUAACUUUGUGAUCGAUGAAAUAAUGAGACGAAAGCUGGAGGGUCUCCAAAACCCUGGUGUUCAAAUAGCCAGUGAAGAAAACCUUGUCGAUCUGGAAUAUGCAGACGACAUCGUUCUCAUGUUCGAAGAGGAGGAGAAGGCGCAAGUAUUCUUGGAUGAACUGACCAAAGUCAUCCCGUCCUUUGAUAUGCACUUUGCACCCACAAAGUGUAAGGUCAAGCUUGUGGACGUGCAGUCACUGAACACGACCUUACGAUCCAGGGAGAGUUCUGAUCGUAGUGUGACAGAUGAGGUGAAUGCACGAAUCUGCAAGGAUCGGGCCGCGUUUGCUAACUUGAGACACCUAUGGCGUCAAAAUGGUUUAUCCCUGAAUCUGAAGGGACGAGUGUAUCAAGCUACAGUACGGGCUGUUUUGCUGUAUGGCUGUGAGACUUGGCCUAUUCGAGCAGCGGAACAGAGACGUCUUCAGGUGUUCGACAAUCGUUGUCUCAAAACCAUAGCUCGUGUGGGUUGGUGUCAGCGAAUCAGUAAGGAGGCAGUUAGAAAGCGUGUUUUCGGUUAUGUAACGGGUACUUCCAUUGAAGAAUGUACCCAGCACCAGAAGCUGCGUUGGUUGGGACAUGUGUUACGUAUGCCGAACCAUCGUUUGCCGAAGAGAGGACUGUUUUCCAUGCCCAAUUCGGAGUGGCGUAAACAGAGAGGGGCCCACCCCAUGACCUGGCAGAGGAGUAUAGCUAGCACUAAGUCCCUUCCCCGUCCACCUUUAUUCUUUUCUUUACAAUAA